GGGCCGGGAGUGGGGCCGGGAUCGGGAUCCGUGAGGCGAUGAGGAGGAGCCUGGCCCCCAGCCAGCUGGCCAAGAGGAAGGCGGGCGAUGAAGAGGAGGAAGAGGAGGAGGAGGACUGGCACCCCCCGGCGGCUCGGAAGAGGCAGAGGGCCGGCGGUGAGACGGAGAGCGGGGAAUGUUACAGGUCGCCUUUCCGGAAACCCUUGGCUGCUCUGACCAACAGACCCCACUGCCUGGACAGCGCUCAGCAUGAGGCUUUUAUCCGCAGCAUUUUGUCCAAACCCUUCAAAGUCCCCAUUCCAAAUUAUAAAGGGCCCCUGGGCUUGCGCGCGCUGGGGAUCAGACGGGCGGGAGUGAGGAGCCCUCUCCAUGACCCCUUUGAGGAAGGAGCUCUGGUUCUGUACGAGCCCCCGGUGCUGAGUGCCCACGACCAGCUGAAAAUAGACAAGGACAAAGCACCUGUCCAUGUUGUGGUGGAUCCUGUCCUCAGCCGUGUUUUACGACCCCAUCAGAGAGAAGGAGUGAAAUUCCUGUGGGACUGUGUGACGAGCCGGCGGAUCCCCGGGAGCCAUGGCUGUAUCAUGGCAGACGAAAUGGGGCUGGGCAAAACUCUGCAGUGCAUCACACUCAUGUGGACACUCCUCCGACAGAGCCCGGACUGCAAGCCUGAAAUCGAGAAAGCCGUGGUGGUGUCUCCCUCCAGCCUGGUGAGAAACUGGUACAACGAGGUGGAGAAGUGGCUGGGAGGAAGGAUCCAGCCACUGGCCAUUGAUGGAGGCUCCAAAGAAGAGAUUGACCGUAAACUAGUUGGCUUUAUGAACCAGCGUGGCCUGCGAGUGCCUUCACCCAUCCUGAUCAUCUCCUACGAAACCUUCCGGCUCCACGCCGAGGUGUUGCAGAAGGGCAGUGUUGGGCUGGUCAUAUGUGAUGAGGGCCACAGACUGAAGAACUCUGAAAACCAAACUUACCAAGCUCUCAACAGCUUAAACACACCUCGACGAGUCCUUAUCUCGGGCACCCCCAUCCAGAACGACCUGCUCGAGUAUUUCAGCCUGGUGCACUUCGUCAAUUCGGGCAUCCUUGGUACUGCACAGGAAUUUAAAAGACAUUUUGAAAUGCCCAUCUUGAAAGGCAGAGAUGCGGAUGCAAGUGAAGCUGAGAGACACAAGGGAGAAGAGAGGCUUAAAGAACUGAUCAGUAUUGUGAACAGAUGUUUAAUUCGAAGAACUUCAGACAUCCUGUCCAAAUACCUGCCAGUGAAGAUUGAGCAGGUGGUCUGCUGCAGACUGACACCUCUGCAGGCUGAGCUGUACAAGAACUUCCUGAAGCAAGCCAAGCCAGUGGAGGAGCUGAAGGAGGGCAAAAUCAGUGUGUCAUCUCUCUCUUCCAUCACUUCCUUGAAGAAGCUCUGUAAUCACCCUGCUCUUAUUCAUGAUAAGUGUGUGGAAGAGGAAGAAGGAUUUAUGGGAGCCCUGGACUUGUUCCCUGCUGGCUACAGCACCAAAUCUGUGGAGCCCCAGCUUUCAGGAAAGAUGCUGGUUCUGGAUUACAUCCUUGCUGUCACCAAAAGCACCAGUAGUGACAAGGUGGUUUUAGUGUCUAACUACACUCAGACACUGGAUCUAUUUGAAAAGCUCUGCAGGAGCAGAAGGUAUUUAUACGUCCGGCUGGACGGCACCAUGUCCAUUAAAAAGAGAGCAAAGAUUGUGGAGCGAUUCAACAGCCCCUCGAGCCCCGAGUUCAUCUUCAUGUUAAGCAGCAAAGCAGGUGGCUGUGGUUUGAACCUGAUUGGGGCCAACAGGCUGGUAAUGUUCGACCCCGACUGGAAUCCGGCCAACGAUGAGCAGGCCAUGGCUCGCGUGUGGCGGGACGGCCAGAAGAAGAUGUGCUACAUCUACCGACUGCUUUCGACAGGGACCAUAGAGGAGAAGAUAUUCCAACGCCAGACCCACAAGAAGGCCCUCAGCAGCUGUGUGGUGGAUGAAGAGCAGGAUGUAGAAAGGCACUUCUCCCUUGGGGAGCUGAAGGAGCUCUUCACACUGAAUGAGACCACUACCAGUGACACCCAUGACAAGAUCAAGUGCCGUCGCUGUGUGAACGGGCACCAGGUACGGCCCCCUCCUGAAGGCUCCGACUGCACCUCAGACCUGUCCCAGUGGCACCACUGUGCGGAUAAGCGGGGGCUGCAGGACUCCGUGCUGAAGGCUGCCUGGGACGCCGCCGUCACCUUCACUUUCCAUCAUCACUCCCACGAGGAGCAGCGAGGGAUUCCCUAACAGGUUACUGUCCCCUGUGGGGGCAAGUUUAAUCCCUUUCAAGGAAAGGGGCAGUGGGGAGCUGUGCCUGCUGGACUGUUGUGUGGCUGUGGAAUAGCAGAACAGCGUGGCUUCUGAGUGGCUGGAAGGGCCCUUGGCAGUGUUCAGUCUACUGCAACAGCAAGGAGUCCGUGGCUUUUUCUCUGCUGUUGUAUUGUGUGCCUGAAAAACAUCCCCUUGGGAACUGGGAAUAACAGGACCUUGCAUGCUUGAUCUGA